CUACUCAAGAAGCGAGCAGCGCCCACUGACCAUACCACAGACCUCUAAGGCCAAUCGUCUCAUCACUUCAACACCGUCACUUCAUAAAACCUUCCACACAAACCCCCUGAGCUUCAAUUUCGACCUCGUCGACAAGAUGUCGAACGCCGCGGAACAGCUCUUCUUCUACGGGCAGGUCACCGAUCCCGAGCACGCCUCCAGCCUCGACGUGCUGACGUACCUCGAUCUGACCAACGGGGGCACCUUACUCUUCCAAGCCAUAAUUCUUACCACAUUCAUGAUGAUUCUCCUGCCGGACUUGGCUCCCUUGACCCUGACCGGGGCCCAACGAUUCAUCAUUUCGCCCGUCCGCUCCUUGCUCCAGAGCAUCCACUGGGUGCUCCAGCAGCUUUCCAGCCAGGAGUCUCGCCAGAGCUUUUAUAGGUUGUGCUACGAGAACACCCAGGAUGCCAUCCUCAAAUCUAGCCUGUUUCAACUUACCUUGGUUGGAGUCCUUUGGUUCUUUCCGUCCAACCGCCCCCUGAGGCUGUCGCUCUUCUAUACCCUCUGCAACAAAGUUGCCGCUCUCCGCCGGGGGGCGGUGCCGGCGGUGGUGGACGGCGAGCCCCAACCCACUGAAUGCGAGACGUAUCUAUGGAAUCUGUCCAAGUCCCUCGAGAGUGCGAAUGAGCAACUACAGCAGUGCAUGGCUACGAAGGAGGCAGAGUUCCAGGCGGAGAAGCAGCGGCUGGAGGAGACGGUUCGUCACCAGACCGACUUGACUUCCCGCAGGGUCGAGAGCGCGCUCCGCCAAGCAAAAAACGCACACGCGGGCAUCAUCGACGAGUUGAGGAAGAAGGUCGUCCAGCUGGAAAAUAACCUCACCAUGGCCAGAGCGGAGGCCCAGUUUGUCGUCGUGGAUGAAGUGGACGCGGCACGAGAGCAAUUCCUGAAAGACCGUAUCGUGCAGCUGGAGAAGCAGCUGGCUGGCGUGAAGAAGAAGAGCAACGCUAGGAAUAAGAAGGAGCUUCAGACGGUCAAGGAUGAGCUCCAGACUCGCACCGAUGAACUGACGCUUGUUGACGUUGAGAAGCACCUGGCCGCUGCAGAGGAGCACGGUCGUGAGAGUGAAACCCAACGUCAGGAGCUUCUUAUGAAGAACCAGGAGCUUCUCACUCAAAACCAGCAGAUCAGUGCAGAGUACGAAGCAUUCCGGGUCACACAUGAAGCAAACCUGCAACAUAGCCAGUCCCUGGAGACUCUGCAGCAGGAGCGGGAUGCCGCCCUCGCUCAGAACCAGCAAAUCAUCGCAGAGUAUGAGGCUUUCCGGUUCGGCCUCGACGAAGCUCAUAGACAGUUGGCAGAAGCGCAAUUCAGCCAAGUCAACGCGCAACAGAGCAUGCAGGAAGGCGAUGUGGCCGGCAACAUGUCUCUGGCGGAAGCGCGCGCCCAGGCUGAGCAGGCGCGAACCCAGGCGUUCAUGAAGGAGAAGGAGCUCGCCGAGGUCACCGAGGAGAACCGAACCCUCCAGAUUCAGGUCGGAUUGGCGAUGAGGGACGCCCAGCGUGGCCAGGAACGGGCCGACACCGCGGAACGAGUCAACAAGGUUCUCGAGGUCCGCCUGGCCCAAUGGGAGGAGAAAGCCCGCGACGAGCAGACGAUUCUCAAGCGACCGACCGCGAGCGUGGGAUCUGUCACCACGGUCCUCCAGCAGUGCCAGGUCAAGGUUUCCGAGCAACAGACAACGAUCAACGAGUUGAAGGAGAAGCUCGAGAAGGCGAAGGUGGCCAGUCCCGCAGGGAAGGUCGAGGAGAAGCUCCGGGCUGACUUCUCGAUGAUCAAGUCGAUGUACGACCGGGAGAAGAGAGCACGCACGGAGGAUCAGAUCCGCUGGUCCAAGGAGAACCGCGAGUUGGAAGAGGAACUCCGCAAGCUGCGCAUUAGCAUCUCGAAUGCGAAGACCCCGCGUCCCAGACGCAGGGUAGCCGGACUUGCCUCCGAUCUAUGUGACGUUGAUUGA